AUGCAUCAAUCGCAGCUCUCGAUCAACUCGGUCCAAUCGCUGAUUGAGCCCACGACUCCGCCUCUGGGCCAAAUGAACAAUCGUCAAAACCACCAGCGAACCCACUCGCUCGAUCUCUCGGGUUUCAACCAGUUCAUCCAGGGUGGGUCUCCCGGAAUGACCCUGGCGCUGUCCCCGGACACCCCGCCUGUCGGCUCCGCUCUGCCUGGAUCUGGUGGGAUGGGCCCCACCGGAUCAAUUGCCAUGUCAGGCGCGUUCCGGCCGCAUCUCAAGUCCCUGCCUCUGAUCAACGAGCUGGAGGCCGGCUUGCCGGUCACAGCUCCAUAUGCGGGCCACGAGUCGCGGCUGUCCUCGGGAUCGAAACGUACCGUGAGCGAGGCCACGACUUCGCCCUGUGCUGCUUCGAACUCGCACUCGCAGUCCAACUCUGUUGCUUCCUCGGACUUGAAUUGGACCCCAUUGGAGGAUUUAGACUACGUCAAACUUGCCACUGACCAGUUUGGGUGUCGCUUUCUCCAAAAAAAGCUCGAGACGCCGCAAGAAUGCUGCGUGGUCAGAGACCUUAUGUACCAGCAGAUCAGUCCCUUCUUCCUCGACUUGAUCAUGGACCCCUUCGGAAACUACUUGGUGCAGAAGCUUUGCGACUCCCUCACCACAGAUCAAAAGACUCAGUUGAUCGAGUCGAUCUACCCACAUGUUUUCCAAAUCUCCAUAAACCAGUACGGUACUCGGUCAUUACAAAAAAUUAUAGACACGGUCGACACCGAAGCUCAGAUUGACAUGAUCAUUUCUGGCUUUGGCCAAAAGCAUACCUCUAUCGACCAAGUUGUUGUCUUGAUCAACGACCUCAAUGGGAAUCAUGUCGUCCAAAAAUGUAUCUUCAAGUUUCCUCCUACAAAAUUUGAUUUUAUUAUCGAUGCCAUAGUGGACCAGAACAACAUUGUCAAGAUAUCCACUCACAAGCAUGGCUGUUGCGUUUUACAAAAAUUGUUGAGCGUCUGUACUCUACAACAAAUUUUCAAGAUUUCUGUUAAGAUCAUUCAAUUCUUGCGCAGCUUGAUCAACGAUCAGUUCGGCAAUUAUAUCAUUCAGUUCCUGCUAGACAUAAGGGAACUUGAUUUCUAUUUGUUAGAUGAAAUUUUUGAUAAAUUAUCCGCUGAACUAUGCCAACUCUCUUGCUCUAAGUUCUCAUCCAACGUGGUUGAAAAAUUCAUCAAAAAACUCUUCACAAUACUGAAAGGGGCAAUGACACCGGCUUCAGGCAAAAAUAAACCAAUCCCCGAAGAUGUGGUAAUGGUAGCUAUGCGAAUUUUGCUUUCUGUGAUAGAUCUUUUCACCGCAAACUUGAAUCCCUUGAUAAGAGACAAUUAUGGGAACUAUGCUUUACAGACUGUUUUGAACGUGAAAAACUACACUAAACUACUGCAAUAUCCAAGUAACACUUAUGUGCAUACAUCUGCUACUAUGCUAAACUUUAGUCGUGAAUUCACGCUAAGGAUCGGUAACUUGGUUAUCUUGACUAAAGAACUGUUGCCAAGUAUCAAAACAACUUCAUAUGCCAAAAAAAUCAAACUCAAGGUCAAGGCAUAUGCAGAACUGACGGGACUAGUUUUUAAUGAGCCGGCUCAGGUCAAAAAUGCCAUUUCAACUGGUUCGCACCAACCUGGUCAUAUCAAACAACAUGCCCGCCAUUACUCAUUGCCUGCCAAUGCAUAUCGUCAUCGCCGGAACAGUAGCAGUCUUUCAACGUCCUCAGGAUAUUCUGUGUUUCCUCAACCCCAUCAAAUGAUGUCCCUCCCACAGGAUAAUGUUCAUACAGAUGCCUCGCAAGCUUUCCUUCACAGCCACUUAAAUGCUGUUCCAGGUACCGACUUCUACUCUGUGCAACAGAGACCCUCAGCUGUCGGGCAAAACCACUUCCAGGAGCCCUCCCGGCCGGUUGAGAACCCAUUACUUAAUGUUUCCAAUGUUAUGUCCGCGAACAAUCUUGCAUAUAACGAUCCGCGAUUGAUGCAGAGAACAGAAGCACAAGAGAAUUUCUUUCAUAGCGGUAACUCACUCAGUGCAGAAUCUUUCGAAAAUCGUUACGCUGGUGGUAACCAGAAUAAUAUCAACUACGAUAGCUUUUACUACUGA